GCGGACGCGUGACUCCAGACCCAUGGGCCUUCUGUAUCAUCACCGCAACCCGUCAUCUCUCAUCUAGGGUUCAUCUCUUGUCGUUGGAACUGUAUCCUGGUAUCGCAGCCAGGUAGGAUGGACAGCAGAUAAGGAGAUCCUUAUACUAAGAUAACACCGUUCCUGCACAGGGCUUCCAAACUCACUGGAGUUGCUACCUUCCGAAGCUCCACUUCGACGACAGGAGCUCCCAGCUCCAAGAAGCUCUUUGCCAUCCAUUGUAUCCUCUUUACGACGCUGAGUGCAACGGCAGUCAAAAUGGCCCCCAAGGCACUCAUCCCGUUCCUUGUCGGGAUGAUGCUUCUGACCGGCGUCUGCAAUACUCUUCUGAGCAAGUACCAGGACAUGCAAUGUGUCAGGAAUUGUCAUUCUCCUGACCCGAAAGAGCGGAAAUUAUUCGAACAGCCGGUGAUCCAGACUGCCCAGAUGUUUAUUGGAGAAAUGGGCUCCUGGCUCGUCGUAUUCCUCUCCUGGAUAUAUUCUCGAUACACUACUCGCCGAUCAGCCGACACUGCACCUCUUCUAGCCGGCGGUUAUCAGCCGGUCAACAAUGUUGAUGCUGCCGAUGACGACGACGAAGACCGCACCCUGGGAGGACCAGGUGGACCAAACCCCAUCAACAAGCCGCUUGUUCCCAAUGAUGAAACGCGAAUAAGGCUUGAAGGAUGGAAGACUAUUCUGCUGGCUGCGCCGGCGUGCUGCGACAUCGCUGGAACGACACUGAUGAACGUGGGCCUGCUCUUCGUGGCGGCAAGCAUCUACCAGAUGACCCGUGGAGCACUCGUCCUUUUUGUCGGGCUCUUCAGCGUCCUGUUUCUUCGCAGGAAAUUGUACCUCUACCAGUGGCUGUCCCUGGUGAUCGUGGUUGUUGGUGUAGGCCUCGUUGGUCUCGCUGGUGCCCUCUUCAGCGAUAGCGGUGAGGCUUCUGAUGAUGUGGUAGGAAAUGCCAUGGCUGUCGUUUCGAGGGCAGUGGAAGAUGUUCAUGCCACAGCCAGGACACCAGAGGCUGUGCGCACCAUCAUUGGCGUGCUCUUGAUCGCUGGCGCUCAGAUUUUCACUGCGACCCAGUUCGUUCUCGAGGAGUGGAUUUUGGAGCACUAUGCUUUGGAACCGUUGAAGGUUGUUGGCUGGGAAGGUAUCUUUGGGUUUAUUGUCACUGCUGUGGGUAUGGUCAUCUUGCACCUGGCCAUCGGACGGACAGAAGCCGGCAGGUACGGCUACUUUGAUCUCAAGGAAGGCUGGCAUGAAAUCACCACCAAUCGAGCUGUCGCAGUAUCCAGUGUGCUCAUCAUGGUUAGUAUCGGCGGUUUCAACUAUUUUGGUCUCUCCGUUACUCGAACCGUGUCCGCUACGUCUCGCAGCACCAUCGACACUUGUCGUACCCUGUUUAUCUGGCUGGUCUCUCUUGGUCUGGGAUGGGAGACGUUCAAGUGGCUUCAAGUUGCUGGUUUCGCCAUGCUAGUCUAUGGCACCUUUGUCUUCAAUGACAUUGUGAGACCGCCACUGAAGGCCUGCAUACCCAGAAGCCGGAGAGAAAGGGAAGAAUUGCUCCCCGAGGAGCCUAUCGAGCACAUUUAAACCCUGCCAUAUUUUAGUGGAUAUUACAGGAGCUGUGCUCCUGCCUUGUGACUCUGAGUCUACGAAUACAUUACGGCAAGACUUCAACGACUCUUUGGGGAGCCUAUGUCACAGAUGUUGACCGAUAUAUAUACUCAAGAGGACCAAAUUGACUACUCCGCUAGUCACCCAAGACAGCAUCAUGCCAGAUGAUCCCAAAGGUCGUAUUUCUACCUAACCGUUAAGAGUUUCAAUACUGGAUUUCUCAGAAAUGGGUUGACCGCCCUAUUCCCGAACUUUCUAGACUGGCGCUUUGGGCUCAAGUGACUUGAAGACUUUUCGUUUUGCGCAUUUCAUCAUAGGAUUGGCGUUCGGGUAAAGCGAUUGUUUCAUGCUCUCGCAUCUCGUUCAUUGACUACAUCUUGUUUGUUUAUCAUCCAUCUGCCACUAUCUCGUCGACAUAUAGUCAUUGCUACAUAGCCUACAGAUCAUGAAUGAAGAGAAUAUUUGA